AUCAUCUGGGGCCUGGGCCUUGCCGCCUGCUUUCCUGACCUGGGGCUACGGGGAGCGGCCCCCGCGGCUCCAAGGCCCUCCCCGCGGCCUGGGCGCGGCCCGUGCUUCCGUAAAGGGGUCACUGCUGGCUCCGCCGCGGGGCGCACGCGGAUUCCCGCACAGGGCCGAGCGUGUAUGCCGGCCGGCCGCUGAAGCUUGAGGGACUUGGGAAGCCCUGGCCGGCGUCGGGCUGGAGCCGGCGCCCCGGAGCGCAAUGGAGGCAGCGGCGAGAGGGGACUCGGGAACCGGCGCCGAGUAGCCCGCGGACCCGGGCCCAGCCCACCCUGCCAUGGAGGUGCCCAGCGUCAAGGACUUCCAGUGGAAGCGUCUGGCCCCGCUGCCCAGCCGCCGGGUCUACUGCUCCCUGCUGGAGAGCGGGGGACAGGUGUAUGCCAUCGGGGGCUGCGACGACAAUGGGGUCCCCAUGGACUGCUUCGAGGUCUACUCCCCCGAGGCUGACCAGUGGACCGCCCUGCCCCCUAUGCCCACAGCCCGCGCCGGGGUGGCGGUCACCGCCCUGGGCAAGCGGAUCCUGGUGAUCGGGGGAGUGGGCACCAGCCAGCUGCCGCUGAAGGUCGUGGAGAUGUACAACAUGGACGAGGGCAAGUGGAAGAAGCGGAGCGCCCUUCGAGAGGCUGCCAUGGGCAUUUCUGUCACGGCCAAAGAUUACCGAGUGUACGCAGCAGGUGGAAUGGGCCUGGACCUCCGUCCACACAGCCACCUCCAGCACUAUGACAUGCUCAAGGACAUGUGGGUGUCGCUAGCCCCCAUGCCCACCCCGAGAUAUGCCGCCACCUCCUUCCUCCGAGGGUCCAAGAUCUACGUGCUGGGGGGACGGCAGUCCAAGUACGCGGUCAACGCCUUCGAGGUCUUUGACAUCGAGACUCGCUCCUGGACCAAGUUCCCCAACAUCCCCUGCAAGCGGGCCUUCUCCAGCUUUGUGACGCUCGGCGACCACCUGUACAGCCUGGGGGGCCUGCGGCAGGGGCGGCUCUACCGGCGGCCCAAGUUCCUGCGCACCAUGGACAUGUUCGACAUGGAGCAGGGGGGAUGGCUGAAGAUGGAACGCUCCUUCUUCCUCAAGAAGCGGCGAGCAGACUUCGUGGCCGGCUCUCUGAGUGGACGUGUCGUCGUGGCUGGUGGACUGGGAAACCAGCCCACCGUCCUGGAGACAGCGGAAGCGUUCCACCCAGGGAAGAACAGGUGGGAGGCGCUGCCCGCCAUGCCCACGCCGCGCUGUGCCUGCUCCAGCAUCGUCGUCAAGAACUGCCUGCUGGCUGUGGGGGGCGUCAACCAGGGCCUGAGCGACGCGGUGGAAGCCCUGUGUGUCUCUGACUCCUAGUUGUGGCCGGGCCCAGCCCUGGCCCCCGAGCGUGUCCCUUUACUCUUGACGUGAGGCGUGCGGGCUGCUCCCCAGGCCGCCAGCUCCUGUCAGCAGCCACAGGUGCAGAUCCUGGGGCUGUACCUACCCCCACCACCUCCAAACCCUGCCAGUCCCAGAACGCUGUCCAGAGCGCAGAUGACCCUGCUGGGCCCAGCUUGCCACCGGGCUGUCCCCUGCAGAGGGUCCCCACUUACUGCUCGGGCACAGGAGGGCCCUAGGGCAGCGCCCCCUCCCACCUGAGCAGGCGGCUCUGAUGGGGGCUGAACCGCGAUUGCUGUCUCCCCAGCGCUGCACUACUUGGAGGGUCCUGAAAGAUGGAGGUCAACAUCUCUUCUCUCUUUAGUAGGGCUCGGCCGCGGGCCUCAGCUGCUUGGCCAGAGUUGAAUGUGAAGCUAGAGGCAAGCACACUGGGAGGGACACGGGCUCACGUGGCCAGUCCAGGCCCCAGGGGCUUCCUCUGGGGGUCCUUGCCAGGUGCAUGAUGAUGGGGAAGAAGCAAUGGGAUCCCCACAUCUCUCCCCGUUCUAUUGUCCCCACCAGAGGCCUGGCCCUUCUGUCACUGAUGGUCCCCAGGGUGUUCCUGUGCGAAGCCGCCUCAUUUACACUGUGCCAUCGAAAUCCACCGUGAUGGGUUCAUUCACCCGUUAGCAGCAGCAGCACAAUGAUGAAAGUCUAUAUUCCUACCUUCUGUGGUGCCUUGAUUCAGGGUGGAGUGGAAGGGUGUCUGAUGGGCAGAGGGGACCCUGUGACAAUCCUUCUGCCACGCUGAGGCUAGAUGGGGUCCCACGUGGCCAUCGUCUCGGCUGUUCCCCUCCAGUGCCGCCUCUGCGAUCCCGGCCGCCGGUCACCCCACCCCCACCCCCACCCCCGCAAAGGCAGUUCCUUCUCUUGCACUGAGAUUCCAGGAGUCUUCAGAGAAGGUCAAGUUCACACGGGGUCUUCUGCAUCUGGUGCCUCCCUGUGUCAGCCUGAGCUCCGACUUCCUAUUUUUCUUAUGCAAAGUAGGAAGGGAUUUGCUCACUGACCUAGGCAAAAAGGACUUGAAGAAUGUGCCUCCUUUUAGCCUACAUACCACCUCUGGUUCUCAGAGUGACACACGAGAGAGGAGAGGAGAGAGAGAGAGCCUGUCUCCAUCCACUGGUUCAGUCUUCAAAUGGCCAGGCCGAAGCCAGGAGCCUGGAACGCCAUCCAUCAUCCAGUCUCCCACGUGGGUGGCAGGGGUCCAAGGGCCUGGGCCAUCCUCCAUUGCUUUUCCAGGCGCAUCAGCAGGGAGCUGGAUCAGAAGCGGAGCAGCCGGGACUCACCAGUGCCCCAGUAUGGGAUUCGGGGAUGGAGACGGUGGCUUAGCCCUCUGUGCCAUGACCCUGACUCCUCAGUUGCUUUGGAAAGCUGGGCCAGCAGGGUGUGAAGGGCCUGGAGAAGUGGGUAACGCUCCUCCAUCACGGACGGAUGGUUUCUCCUGGGGCAGGAGCUGGAGGAUCAGCUGCCUGGAUCUGGGGACCGCAGGGGGUCUCCUGGGGGAGGGGGGCCGCCACCUUCAGCCAGGUCUUCCAGCACAAGCGGAACCUAGGUCUUUAGGGGUUAGGGAUUUUCUUCCUCCAGGAACCUGACUUUUUCCUCACUUGGGUCCCAGAAGGGCACUGCCACCUGCUGGCCAGCCUUUCCUUCCUGCCCUGACCGGGAGGCGUCCGGAGGCCACGGGGGCCCCCUAGCGAGCACACUUCAGAGAGGCCUGUUGCUGCCCAGGCCCUGCUGUGGUUCCGCCCAGAAGUCACCGUUAGGCGAAGGGGCUGGAGGUGCUGCUGACGCUAGGGAGGAUUCAACGGCACAGCCGGGAGAAGCUGCCCCGAAGGCCAGCCCUGGUACGGUCUCCCCUUCCCCUCCCGCUUCUGCCUCACAGCCCCCAUCUCCACCCCUCCCUAAGAGCCGUGUGUUCAAACGGGGGACAGAGCCAAGUGCACCAAAUGGCCCCGUAUCCAUGGAUGGGACCGAGACACUAAAAUCAUAGGAACUGAGGGGUGGGGUCUUAGGGGCACCAGCUCCGAAAGGCUGCGUUCACCUCCGACCCCUGUACGGGCAACUCAGGGCUGCAGCUGCCCAGAGCCGAGGACUCGGCUCUCAGAAGUCCACCCUGGAGAGGCUUGGGGUACCACCCUGAGGACUCGGGGAGGUACUGAAGGUCAGUGCUAGCCCACGCGGUCCUGUGCUUCGUGGUGCCCUGGACAAGGCACGGGGCCUGGGGCCCGAUGACCCGGUUCCAGGCCUCACUCCCCACCGCUGAGUGCCCUCCCAUUUCACAGGGGAGAAGACCCGGGCUCGGAGGGGUUAAGCGGGGGUAGCUUGCCCAGGGUCACAAGCUGUAAGUGACUGAACAAGGUCUGCUUCCCAAACUUGGGAGCAUGGCUCUGCACUUCCUCAUGGGACAGCAGCAGCAAAGGCGGGAGGACCAACUCCGUGUCCCAAAUACCCAGGCUGGAGGAAUGGCAGCUCUGAGGGCCGCUACUGUGCAACAGAUACUGAGCAUAGAGUAUUCCUGCGUCCAUAUCCCUGGGAAAGCUCCCUGCCAAGGUUUUUGUCCCAUCUUUGAUUCCACACUGUUGGGCAGCAUUUGACACCUGAUGAGCUACAGGGGGUCUCCAUCCCCCCCACCCCUACCCCACAGAGCAUGUCUGUCUUCAGAAUGGUCCUGGUCUAGAAGGCUGGCAUGACACUAGGCCUGGGUUCCUGCCCCUACCAGCUGCAGUCCAGGGGAAGACGGGAGACCGAGCCUGCGGUUGGUAUUUGGCCAGCGUCAGCCUUGGCUGGUGCAAACCGGGACGACUCCAGGGAGCUGAGAUGAACCGAGGGGAACAGGGCAGCUUUCCGAAAAAAAAAAAAAAAAUCUCAAACUGCACGUUGAAGGAAGAGGGAGACCAGCGGGGCAGAGAGGCACAGGCCGUGCGCGAGAGGGACCGGUCCAGGUCGUGACUGUCAUGGACUGCUUGAUUUUGGGCAUCCUGCUUACCCUCUCUGAGUGUUGGUUUUCUCAUUUGUAAAACGGGCACCGUGAGGCCACACUUAGGAGGCCAGGUGGGUCGAUUGCGAGUGUUCAGCAGGUGGCUGUGGCCCGACAGCCGCUUGGGGUUUGGAGUGGAGGAGCAGUGCGAUCAGAUUUGUACCCCUGUCUCGUGGGGGGUGCCCGUGCUUUUGCCGCACUCACAGCCACCCUGGCACCCUCAGUGUGGGUGCCCAGGCGCAGACUCCUUCACCUUUGGAAGUGCACUGCUGUGGCUGUCACUGCCCUCGGGCGAGGCAGGACCACCUGCUGCUUUAGGUCAUUCUGCUCUCCCACCCUCCCAGAACCCAGGGCCAUGUUUGCCAUGUGGUUGGAGGGACCUCGGUACCUUGGUACAGACUGGGACGGGUCGGUUUCACAGCUGGGGAAACUGAGGCCCAGAGGAGCCGUGCAACUUCCCCCAGGGCUCCCAGGCUGCAAGAGGGAGGGGCAUGUCCUCCUCACCUGUUUGCACCUGCUUGGUGCCUGGUGGCGCCUGGCACAGCGCCAGUGCCUGCAGCCCAUGCGUUGAGGGAAUGAACGGAUGGCUCACCGGGGGACGAAGGGGGAGAGAUUCCGGUGCCCAGUCCCAGUUCCUAAUUUAGCCUGCCUGGACGCGCGCGGCUCCUGAGACAGUUUCUUCAUUUCCUGCAGAAGUUUCCAGCCACCUCCCUCCUUGGGAGAGGAAAUCACUGGCAGAUGACUCACAGGGUCCACGAGUGAGGGGCUGGAGGCAGAAGAAGGACCUGAACACUCGGUGCCCCAGGCCCUUUUGGGCAAGAGGAAACCCGUCCUCCCCACCAGCUCGGGGCCGUGGAGGGCUGGGGACAGAGGACUCCAGGCCAGCAGCUCCUGGCCUUCUGGCCUGCAGGGCUGUGCCUGGCCUGUCGGGCCUCCACCGCGGGGCAGCCCUGGGAGGAGGAUGUGGCUGUGCCAGGAGGGUUAGGGACCCCUAAUACCUGACCUUAACCACCCUGUCCUCCUGUGUGAAGCACAAAACAAGGACCUGGGGACACCCUGCCCACUGUUCCACAGAAAAUCAGCCAUGGUUCUAAUCUCAGCAAUUCAUAGUUUCAAAAACAAACGUUGGGGCCAGGGUUGUGGUGUAGCGGGUAAAGCCGCCACCAGCAGUGCCAGCAUCCCAUAUGGGCACUGGUUCGAGACCCAGCUAUUCCACUUCCCAUCCAGCUCUCUGCUAUGGCCUGGGAAAGCAGUAGAAGAUGGCCCAAGUCCUAAGGCCCUUGCACUUGUGUGGGAGACCCGGAAGAAGCUCCUGGCUCCUGGCUCCUGGCUCCUGGCUUUGAAUUUGUGCAGCUCUGGCUGUUGCGGCCAAUUGGGGAGUGAACCAGCGGAUGGAAGACCUCUCUCUUUCUCUCUCUCUCUGCCUCUCCUUCUCUCUGUGUGUAGCUGUGACUUUCAAAUAAAUAAAUAAAUCUUUAAAAAAAAUUUAGGAGGUGAGCAUUGUGGCAGCUCAGGUCAAGCUGUAGCUUGGGACCCCCACAAGCCAAAUCGGAGUGCCAGUUCAGGUCUCAGCUGCCCCAGGCUUCCAAUCCAGCUCCCUGCUGAUGUGCCUGGAGGCAGCAGGUGAUGGCCCAAGUGCUUGGGUUCCUGCCACCCAUGCAGGAGACCCGGAUGGAGUUCCUGGCCCCUGACUUUGGUCUGGCGUUAUCCUGGCUGUUGUGGGCAUUUGGGGAAAGAACAGAGAGAGAUAUAUAUAUGCACGUAUGUAUGCAUGUCUGUCACUUUGCCUUUCAAAUAAAUAAAUCUUAAAGAAACAAGCAUUAUUGGGGAGCAUUAAUUGAUGGGUCUCUUUCCCAGACUCCCUUGCUCCAUAUUCCAAGUCCUCAUUUUCAGAAGAGGCCUGGAUUGGCUGGAGCUGUGCUUCCAAAGCGGGAGCUCGUGGCACGCAGACCCGGCUUCCAGGCCUUCCGUGCAGCUCGCUCAAGCCCAGGUGGCAAGUGACCUGCUCACUUUCACUCCUGUCCCUCACGGAGCCAAGAGCAUAGCUCAGAUCCUGACUGCCUGGCGUGGGGACGACUUCUGUAGCACCCCCCCCACCUCCAGUCUCCCCGCCUCUGGCCCUGCACCGGGCUGCUAGGGUUCCUGUGCCCUUCCAGAAGUUGUCUUCUCUGUGGAUCUGACUCCAUCCUCACGGGCUUGGCCCUCCAGGGGAGUCCAGCAUCAGCUGGGUCUCUCAGGUCCUUCCCAAGGGUUGCACCCUUCCAGCCUCCCCUUCCAGCCCACCGUUCCCUGAACGGGUCCAGUAGCUCAGUACCCGCUGCCCUGCACAGGCCAUGUCUCUUCCUCCUGGACGCACGUGGAGAAUGCAAGCCACUGUUUCCUGGUCCUGUCCCUACUCCCUACACCCACAGCUAAGGAAGCUGUCCUCAGGCCUGGGACGAUGCCAUUCACCGAGAGCAUCCCAGAGCGCCUGGCCUACAGUAUCCAAAUCCCAGGGCGCGAACACCUGAGCUGAGUAAAGGCCAGGAAUCCGAGGCCUGGAGGCGGCUGCAGCUUCGAGAGGCAGCUUUACAACGCCGCCUUGUCUCUAAGCUCCGCCAGCGCCUGUGGACGCAGGGAGCCGGAUCCAGGAAAUAGCAAUGUUUCAAAUCCCCCUGCUUGGGGAUUGGGUUCCUGCGCCCCUUUGUCAUGGGCUCUCACGAGAGGGACAGGGCAGGCUCAGGCUUUUUAUGAGCUGUGGCUGACAACCAGCUGAUUAAUCCAGCCUUGUAAUCACAGUCCCCAGCACCAAUCUGGGCUCCUGUCAUUUAGGUCAAGAGAAAAGUGAGUCCCCCCCCCCUUCCCUCUCCAAGGGCCAGGAGCUGGUGACCCGGCUAAAGAAUGUGCCUUGCUGGGGGUUGCAUUCCAGGACCAGCUUGGGAGGCCAAGGGCUCAGGUUGCCAGCAGGAGCCAGGCACGGGGCAGGGAGGCAGUCCCGGGCAGACCUCCCUCCUGGGCACACCUCCCGUGCCCUGCCCUGCCCUGUCAGUCCUGGGCCUCCCUGCGUGGAGGCAGAGCCAGGAGGAGGAAGACAGCCACCCCCUCCUGGGAGCAGCAUUCCGAUGGAGUGGCCACAGCUCCCAGCACAUAAGCCCCAGCCACUGGGGAGCUCAUAGCGGUCUGCAGAUCACCUCCGUGUCCGGGGGCUCCUUUGACCAAUAGGAACCGGGGACUAGGAGACUGAGUCUGAUACCCAGGGCUGUGUGACCUGUGCUGGGUGCAGAGCUGCUACCUCCCAUCCUCUGACUUCUGUUCUGACCCUCACUCUACCCCCAGCUUCGUCAUUUUGGUUGGUGGAGACACGGAGUGCCCUGGGGAGGGCCCCCAUGAGAACACUACCCCUGGUGUGAGCACGGCUUUGCCAGCCCCACGGUGCUGGGAGUUACGCAGCCUCAGAGAUUGGGAAAACCACCCAGGAGUGAGGGGCAGAAGAGGAGGAAGAUCCUUUCACUUUCCCACUGACAAAUGGGAUAAAGAGCCCCCCCCUCCUCCCAUAGCUCUGGAUGCUCUAGGCUUCAAAUCUGCAUAAAUGUGGGGCUGGCAUUGCGGCAUGGCGGGUUAAGCUGACACUGUGAUGCCAUCAUCCCAUAUGGGUGCUGGUUCAAGUCCCGGCUGCUCCACUUCCAAUCCAGCUCCCUGCUAAUGUGCUUGGGAAAAGCAGCAGAA